UCGCAACAUCUGUAUCGACUGCCAAUAGCUCGUCAAUCCAUAACUACCAUCCUUGAUCCACAUUUCAACCCCUUGUCCAAUCUCUCGGUAUCUUCAUCUGAUCACAACACACAGUCCACAGUCUUCCACCGCCACCAUGCCAUCCGCCAUCGCCAUCAAGCAAAUUGAAGGCAAGCCAGGCAAAGUAUACUACCCGCUGGAAAAGAUCACAAUUCCAGAACCCAAGCCAAAAGACAACGAAGCCGUCAUAACCCUCACAGCUGCCGCCCUCAACCACCGCGACCUCUUCAUCCGGCAACACCUCUACCCCGGUACCACAUUCGGCGUGCCCCUGCUCGCCGACGGUGUCGGGCUCGUCACCUCUGCCGGCCCUGCCGCGAAGCAAUGGCUCAACACGCGCGUCAUCCUCAACCCGGGUACGGGCUGGGCGGCCUCUGCCGACGGCCCCGAGCAUCCCAAGGGCUACGCGAUUCUGGGCGGCACCAAGACCAACCCCGCCGGCACGCUGGCCGAGUCCAUUGUCCUCGAUCAGGACGAGCUGGAGACGUGUCCCGAGCAUUUGAGCGACGCCGAGGCCGCGGCGCUGCCGCUGACGGGGUUGACUGGGUGGCGCGCUUUUAAAAUCAAGUGCGGGGAUAACGCGCAGAAAGGGCGGAAUAUACUCGUUACUGGUAUCGGCGGCGGGGUGGCGCUGAUGGUGCUGCUGUUUGCGGUUGCGGAGGGGUGUAAUGUGUUUGUCACGAGUGGAGAUCAGGGGAAGAUCGAUAAGGCGGUCAAGUUGGGUGCCAAGGGGGGCGUGAGUUAUAAGGACAAGGACUGGGAUAAGAAGCUGCAGGCGAUGCUUCCGUCAGAUAGGAAGUAUCUGGAUGCGAUUGUGGACGGGGCGGGCGGGGAUGUUAUUGCGAAGGGAAUCCGGCUGCUGAAGGCUGGCGGUAUUAUUUCCAUCUACGGCAUGACGAUUAGCCCAAAGAUGGACUUCCUGAUGAGCGCUGUGCUGCGUAAUAUCGAAGUCAGGGGCUCGACGAUGGGGAGCCGCAAGGAGUUCGCGGAUAUGGUACAGUUUGUGCGCGAGAAGAAACUGAGGCCGGUCGUAAGUCGGAGUGUCCACGGGCUAGAUAUCAAGCAGAUCGAUACGCUGUUUGACGACAUGAAGAACGCAAGCCAGUUCGGGAAGCUGGUCGUGACAUUGGGGGACAAGAGUAGUAAAUUGUGAGCAGCAUAAGUGGGUAUGAGGAAGAAUAAAUUUUGAUGAAAUGCACGGAACUAAUCAGGUUCCGAUGGCUUAAAAGCUGGCUGCUCACCUGCCAAUAGCAUGG